CGUCGUCGGUCGGCAAAACACCGAACUGUGAGGCUGGCUCUAGCUCGCGUAUAUUCUCUCCGUACGAUUCAGUCGUUUGCCGGCUACCGACGCGUGUGGAUUCAAUUCCAACGUUUCUCGUGCUUUAUCGCGCGGUUAGAAUCGGUGUGUUGUGUGGUGUAGAACAUACCCUCAGUGUACCGCGUGAUCUCAACGGACAUCCUGGUUUCAGUGGAAUUGUAAAUAAUCGCAAAUGACCAACAUGUUUCUCCUGCGGAAGAGAUGAAAAAUUGUGUAAUGGAAUUUUGUCUUGUGGGAAAUUGUAUAUCACGAAAAGUGCUCGGUGAUUAGUGGUGGGAGUCGUUACUGUUUUUUUUUUGCUUCAAAUAAGGAUAAUGGGGCUCCCUUCGUCGAUGGAUAACAAGCAUUUUGGAUCAUUAACUAAAAAGAAGUCCUGCUCCUCUCAGCGUGAGUUUCCUGUUGAAUAAAUGUAUGAGACACGUCGUCUCAAUAAGUGCUUCUAGAAGGAAAACCGCUCGUCGGAUCAACGACAAUGUCAAUGGCAAAACAUCGUUAUUUUUAGAGAGCUUCGCCGCAUGUUACGAGUGUCAAAGUCAAGGUUCCAUGCGGAGCUAUUGUUGCGGUGUAUCAAUACGUUAACAAUGUGAAACGUAGUGAAGUGGGGAAGCAACGAAGAAAGUGUUCACCGUGGUACAAAAGAGUGUUUUCUUCAAUUCUAAGGAAAAGAAAACUCUGCGUUGGGUCAGUGCGUUUCCUUACCGAGGCAGGAAAACUUAUUCCAGCGGAAGAUGAGAUUACUUACAACUCAUGCUGUGUGAGCGGGGUGCCCAGCCUACAUUUGACAUAGCUAAGGCGUUUUGAAGUGGAUUGGUAUUGGAAUGUGCUUUGUUCGGUUCAGUGCGCGAUUUGGGAACAGCAAUAUUAUGAACCACCGGCUCUGAUCGAGUGGGUGGGAAUCGAGAGAAAUGUCCUGUCACAAACAGACAGACAGACAGCAGAAAUACGAGUUAAGGCUGUUGCUAGUUUAGCAUAACUGAGGCCGGUGGAGAUUUGAGGAGUUCUGGAGCACAGUGGAAGGCGUUUUAUUGUUCCGGUGAACACAGAACUUGUCCUGUUAUCACCGCUUGGAUCAUUACUCACCUCGGACUGGAAGUGUCACAAACACUAAAUCACCCCAGACAGCACCGCCGGGGCCGGAAAUAAUGAUCCCAUCAGUCUGGGAGCCGGAACGAGCCUACUAAGCUUGUUAUACACAUAACGAUUCGAAAUAAUCCGUCUCUUUCAACGUGUCACCAUCCGGCCACCCAUAGCAGCCGGCGCGGUGCGGUGCUGAUUUAAUCGUGCCUGCACGGAUUUGUUCACCGAGAGCAUCCCCGGCCCCCCACUCCCAGACCCUCAGACAAUCUAAAUCGUCCUCGUUCGCUCCGUCACGCACCGGCGAGUCCCCGAUUGAAACCAUGAUCCCGGCAGCUCGUCACUUUCAUUCCGCGCCAAGCCAACGACGACGAUGAUGACGAUGGUGAUGAUGAUGAUGGGAAAGCACACUGCGUGAUAGUGAGGCAGAACAAAAGUUAUGCUAAUAUAAAUCAACGAAUUAGCAUUCAGCCCGUCAUAACAGCAUCCGGAGCAAAGAUUUCAAAGCGUUCACCGCUCACCAAGAGACAAAUACAAACAAUAAUAGAACCUCCCAGCGAAUCCUGUGGGGAGCGGGUGCUGCAGCAGACCCACCGCACUGAAUUUCCCCGAAUCGACAGAAAGCGGAUGUUUGCCCCACCCAAGCGAAAAGUUUGAACAACUUUUUCGGGGCGGUUUGGAGCGAAGGAAGAAAACAGCAAACACCGAUCGAAGCCUUUUUCACACCACCACACCACACUACAUAAUGGAUGGAAGGAACCGACGGCGACAGCUUGGCGGUCCGUGCCACUGCCUGCGACCUCUGAUCCGGUUCUGGGGGAUAGCAACGGCCAUUGUGGUCAGCGGGGUCGGAGUCGACAUCAUGGUGCACGGCUACACUGCAGGUGUUUACAUCAUUGCUGCCUCCGUCGUUAUUUUUCUUCUGGAGAUCAAAUGGCUCGUCACACUAUUCAUCCAUCUUUUUUGUUCAAGCAGCAGCGGCAACAGCAACGAUGGCGACUACUCAUCACCCUCAAGCUGUGCCAAGUGUUGGAGCAUCUGCCGGUUUUGCGGUGGCUGGCGGUUGUCCUUUCCCUACGUGGCCUUAGGCAUCGCGCUCAUCAUGUGGCCUCACCGGCUGUGGCUCAGUCACGUGGCCGGCGGUCAGCUGAUUGCGCUGGCCAUGCUGCGACUGCUUACGCUGUGCCAGUUCCGGCAGGGCGGCAAAGACGAACAGCUGCUCAAUCACUUUGACGAGCAUGUGGACAAAUACGACAAUCUAACCGACGUCCUGGUGGACGACUCGAUGCCAAAGCCCGGCCAAAGUUUGGAAGAUGACGACGUCGACGUUGAAGACGACGACGAGGACAAUCACGAAGGAAAAAUUAGCACCUCGAAUGGGUCCAUUUGACACGGGCAGAGGCAACAGACGGCGGCGGUUCGGAAGCAAUUCCGUAAAAAUAUGAACCAAAGCUACGAAAAACUGGACGAAGAUUGCGACUGUGACGUGAUCAAGUAGGAACGGGCUCCGGUGGACGAUCCAGCUACCGUCACCGAGGAGACCGAAGUCAGCUAGUAGAUGCAUUCUCAGCAUUUGAAGAGUUAAGUACUGGGAGUGAUUUGUAAAUAAAUUGAAUCUUAUAGAUAACAUAUACAAUAGCUAUACAGUUGUGGUUGACAUUAUUUUUAGUUAGCGAAGUUAUGUAGCUUUUGUUUGAAUAGUUUAUUUGAUACUUAAACUUAAGAUUUCAUACGCUAAGAGGCUUUUAUAUAGAGUCAAGCAUUGUAAAAGUCAUCUACGGACACCAUUGUUGAAACACAAUUUACAAUGAAACAUGUAUUCGCUAAGGAUACAGCUCAAUCAUAGCAUAACUUGUGUAACACAUGCGAAUUUAAUUUCAAUUUAGUUUUAGUUUGACUUAUUGUAGAAAUGUAAAGCUGAUGAAACAUAAAAUUAUUAUACACAUAUAAAUGAAAAAGUUU